AUGGCGUUAAGGAGUAAGAUUUCCGAAGCCUCAGGCAGCUCGAGCAAUUCUGUGGAGCCAUGGCGGCUGUCUAAUGCUGGACUUGGGGCUCGUAUAUACUCGACAGUCUCCUGGCUCGCAGUUUCAACGGCGACCUUCGCAGCGCUGACUGUACCGAGACGCAAGGAAUGGGUGGACAUCUGCCUGGACUACAUGUAUCUGAAGCGCCAGCAGUACCUUCCAAAUGUGUAUAAUUCUAUUUACCAGUUUCUUAAGAAGGUCCCUAAGUGA